GAAGAUCUUGAGGGAAACGUUGCGGUCCACCCCAAAAUCCCGAUCUCGACGACCGCAAAGGUCAGCAUCGAGGAUCUGCAGGUGGGAGACUCCAGAUCGGCCACACCUGAGGAGAUCGAGAAGCUCCGGCAGAUCAUUUGGAAGAAGCGACACCCCCUGAUCGGCAAAGGGAACACCCUACCUCCGGCGGCCAAGGGCGUCGUGUGUGACAUCGAUGUCGGGAAUGCGAAACCGAUUGCAUUGCGAACUCGAAAAGUACCCACGCGAUCUCGAGAAAAAGUCGCAGUCCUGAUCAAGGACCUCCUGGAAGCCGAGAUCAUCCGACCGUCGACAUCGCCAUGGGCCUCGCCGAUCGUGAUUGUCCGCGAGAGUAACCGCGUAGAUAUAAGGUUAUGCAUCGACUACAAGCUGGUAAACAGCCUCACGAGGUUGAUGGUCUACCCUAUGCCCCUGAUCAGCGAUCUGGUAGAGAACAUUGACAAGGAAUUAUGUCGCAUGCUUUUUGGCCUGAAAAGUGCCCCACAGUUUUAUCAACGCCUCGUAGAUAACGCGCUGUAUGGAUUUCUGAAAAUCUCGCGAACAAGCGACAACAGAGCUACGACGGACGUGUACCAGACAGGGAUCGCGGACGAUCCGGAUCGUGGAGCAGUUGUGGAAAAUCUGUUGGAGGCUUGCGAUAAGUGGAAUUUAUCGAUCGGUGUGGCGUUGAGCUUCUGGGGCAUGGAUAAGGUAGGAUAUCUGGGACACCGAGUGGCGUUCGGAGGUCUGGAGGCGAACCCACAAGCUCCGAAAUCCCUGACCGAUCUGCCAUUCCCCGGGUUACUUCGAUCCAUGGACUCGUUCCUGGUUAGUUUGAAUUACUACGGUCGGUUUAUUGAAGGCUACGCUAUCUACAUCAUGGACCAGAACGACCCGAUUGCUCGAGAUCACGACACACCUGAGCCGCAGCUGGUGGGACCAUUAGACGAGAGGCGCACCUUGAAGACGAAUGAGUUGAAUUACAAUGUGACCGAAACCGAGGUGUUGGCAUUGCUGAGGAUCUUGGAUCUCUACUACAAUGUACUAGUAGGAGGCAAGAUCCGGACCCUAACGAGGCAUUUCACGUUAGCCUGGCUGUUCAAGUCGACAGGAUUACAGGGUUGCCUAGGGCAAUGGUCAGCCCUCCUGGCCUCGUGGACUCUUGAGAUCACGGAGUUCACCAAGGGCGAAGACGAGAUACUGGGGGCGAUCGCUGCCAGCAUCACGCCGAGGGCGAAGGUGGACGAUGCUCUGACCGAGAUUGCUCCCCGGAAGGAACCUAAACGCCGGAUUCAAGCGCCGAUACCCACCGUAGAUCGAGAAGAGGUCAGGUUUGACGGAUCCGCUCGAGUGAAACGAGGCGGGGGCGCGUUCAGCGCGAUCGUGUGGAGUCUCCCCGCAUGGGAGGUGGUCAAAGCAAGAUCGGACUAUCCCGAGAGUCUCACCGUGAACGAGGCAUAA